UCCUUAACGCGUUUGUCUCAAAAACAACUGUUUCGCACCAUGGACAAAAUCAACCAACAAAACUCGAUCUUGGCUCUGGAUUUAAUCAACAUAUAAAGUAAGUUUUCGCGUGUGGAGCAACGCGGAGAGGGAUAUGGAGAAGCAGAACAGGCUGGCUGUCACCUAUAAACGUUAUUAUAUAUAUUUAAAGGUUACUAAACAAGCGAAGUAAUUUAUUUGACGUUUUAAAUGCUUUUCUUAAUGACUUUAGAUAUUAAGUGUCUUGAUCAAGAAAAAAAUGGUGAUAGAACCCUCGUGGGGUUUGAACCAACAUCCUUUCACAUAUCAGCCCAAAUAUUUAACCACUAAACUACAACACCGAGACAGCGACUGUGAUGUUUAAGAAAAUCAACGCAGCUUUCCGUCCGAACCAUCUUGGACCUCGCUCUCGGGACAGGUUCAGGCCCAAUGAGGACUACCACAGCGCGUGCACUGUGAAACUGGUCCGGAGCACGUCUAUGCUCGUGGUCGGGGAGAGCAGACGCGCGCCGCAGGACACCACGCUGAAGCGAAGCGUGAGCGCCGUGAGCGUCGAGUCCUGCACGGCACUGUAUUACUACCAGAGCCGAGAGGACCGAGUAUGGCUCUAUUCUCAGAACCAGAACUGCUUAGAGUACUUACAGGAACUAGUGGCGCUCAGGCGUCAGUACACCAAGAGCAUCAAUGACCUCAAGAACAGCGAACACAAAGAGACCACGUCCCGCAAGAAGAACCCCGCACCCCGGCCACCGCAGAACAGAGCUGCACAGACUUCAAGGCCUGAACCUUCUGCUCCACCAAUCCCAAAUGAGGAAGACACCCUUCAGUUCUUUGAUGCAGUCAUUGCAAGCUGUGACCCAGAGCCCAGUCGAAAACCACAUAUGGAUAAUGGGCAUGCAGAUGUGGACUUCAUAGUGGCUACUAGUACCAGCGAACAUGACCUUCACUCUAACUGGGUACUUCGGGACCCUCGUCGAAUUUCCAUGACAGAGUCGCAGCCCAAGAAUUCAGAUAUCAGUCACGGACAGGCAGCCCAGCAGAAGGGGGACAUGGGAAGCACAGGUAGCAGGAGACGUCUACAACGAAACCCAAUCCACCUGCCAAAAGUGGUGGAGAGUGCCUUUCAGACUCUGCGCUUCAAACCCAAGCUCAAGAAGAAAGACUAGCUGCUUAAAGGAACACGCCACUUUUUUUGAAAAUAGGCUCAUUUUCCAACUUCCCUAGUAUUAAACAGUUGAGUUUUACCAUUUUUGAAUGCAU